AUGGUGAAGCCCCAGUUUAAGGGAAAGAGUUCGAUAAACCCGUCCUCGUCAAGCUCCAACCCCGAUCGUGUGGUGAUGAGGCAAAGCAAACUGCCCAUGUCUCUUCUCCAUGACAGAGUCAAAGCUCAUAACUCUAAGGUGCACAUUCUAGACACUGAGGGUUUUGAGACCACAUUUGGACCGAAGGCUCAGAGGAAGCGGCCCAGUCUGAUGGUUGGAGAUGUGAAGGACCUCCUAGAGAGAGCAGAGGCUUCGGUCCUGAACUAUGACGCAGAGAAGGAUAGCAACCUGGUGAUGGAGGACACAGGCGUCCGGGAGGAAGUGCGUGAAGAGAUUUUCAAAAAGGGCCAGUCAAAGAGGAUCUGGGGAGAACUUUACAAGGUGAUUGACUCGUCUGAUGUCAUCAUCCAAGUGCUGGACGCCCGUGAUCCGAUAGGAACCCGCUCCAAGAGCAUCGAGACAUACCUGAAAAAAGAGAAGCCUUGGAAACAUCUCAUAUUUGUAUUGAACAAAUGUGACCUCAUCCCUACUUGGGUUACGAAACGGUGGGUUGCUGUUUUGUCACAAGAGUAUCCGACUCUGGCUUUCCAUGCCAGCCUGACCAACUCGUUUGGUAAAGGCUCUCUCAUCCAGCUCCUCAGGCAGUUUGGGAAGCUCCACAAAGACAAGAAGCAAAUAAGUGUGGGUUUCAUCGGUUAUCCAAAUGUUGGAAAGAGUUCAGUUAUAAACACUCUGCGAUCCAAGAAGGUCUGCAACGUGGCACCCAUUGCUGGAGAAACAAAGGUGUGGCAGUACAUCACACUCAUGAGACGCAUCUUCCUCAUAGACUGCCCCGGUGUUGUUUACCCAUCAGAGGACAGUGAGUCUGAUAUUGUCCUCAAGGGAGUGGUUCAAGUGGAGAAGAUAAAAAACCCAGAAGAGCAUAUUGGUGCGGUACUGGAGCGAGCCAAACCUGAAUACAUCCAGAAGACGUACCGUAUUCCAACAUGGACUUCACCUGAAGACUUCCUAGAGAAGCUGGCCUUUCGUACUGGGAAGCUUCUGAAGGGAGGUGAGCCUGAUCUCAGUACGGUCUCUAAAAUGGUGUUGAAUGACUGGCAGAGAGGACGGAUCCCUUUCUUUGUGAAGCCUCCUGGACCUGAGGGAGAUCCAGAUGAUGAAAAAACAUUGCCCAUUGAAGAACCACCAGCUGCAGAGGAGAAGGUUCAGGAGGAGCAGCUGGAGAACCAGGACGUCAUCUCAGGGGAACAGGAGCAGCAGCGGCAGAAGGAGCAGGUCCAGAAGAUACUGGCUAAUGUCCGACAGAACUUCGGCAAGAUCAACGUGGCACCAGAGUUCACUGAGGAAGAUUUAAUCCCGGUGGAAAUGCCAGACUUAGACUUGUCUGACUUUUCUGGCUCUGACGCUGAGGAGGAUGUUGAUGAAGAUGAGGAGGAAGAUGAGCCCAGCGUAGACCCAGCUGAAGGAGACGCUGAGGUCUCUGAGGACACAUCGUGUCAGACUGACUCUACGAAAGGCAAAAAGAGUUUACGGGAGGUAAUCCGUGAGCAUGAUGAGAAAAUAGCCAAGUACAAGCAGUUCCUGGACCGAGCCAAAUCCAAGCGCUUCUCAGCCAUCCGAAUACCAAAGGCCCUUUCUGACAAAGUGCUUUCAGGCAUGAAGACCAAACAGGAAGCAGCAGCUAAACAAACCCAGAAGGGAGAGACUCUGGUAACAGCUACAACCCAGGCGACCAAGAAGAGAAAAAUAGAGGAGGAUGUUGAGUCCUUGCAGCAGCACAGGCUUACAUCUAAACAGAGAAGAGCGCUGGAACGUGCCAAGAAGGGAAAGAAAGUUGGCGUGCAUUACUAUGAAACACACAAUGUGAAAAACAAGAACAAGAACAGAAAGGCUCCACCUCAAACUACAGAAAGCCGUGGAGCUAAAAGAUCAAAGCACUAGACUGACAGAUAACAAACAUAUAAUAGGUUUAUAAAUCAGCCAAAUUGGCUACAUUCUAUUGAAAAGAAACUGGCAAAAACUA